AUGAACAGCAGGUUUCAAGAAAAAGAUAAUGUCAACUAUGACGUAAAAGGGAUCGAACCUGCCAUCACUGAGACAGAAAGUAUCAGUCAAGAACCAUUUUCUACGUUUUCGAGUGAUAAUAACGAACUUACAAGUGAAGGCGGGUUGAACAAUACGUGGACGAGGUUCAAGAAUUCCUUCAAAAGAUUUGAACUCGAAGAGCUAGAUCCGAAUCUAACAGAUGCGGAGAAGAUUGCUAUCGCUACUGCUCGGUCACCAUUAAAACAUACAUUGAAAAAAAGACAUUUACAUAUGAUUGCAGUUGGUGGUGCUAUUGGUACUGGUCUUUUCGUAGGUAGUGGUAAGGCCCUGAGGACGGCAGGCCCUGCUGGUAUCUUGAUUGGUUGGACGGUUACAGGAAGUAUGAUAUAUUGUAUGGUUAUGGCAGUUGGUGAAUUAGCUGUCAUUUUUCCCGUUUCUGGUGGUUUCACCACCUACGCAACUAGAUUUAUUGAUGAGUCCUUCGGUUUUGCCGUUAAUUUCAACUAUAUGUUACAAUGGCUAGUCACCUUACCUCUGGAAAUUGUCGCGGCCUCCAUAACUGUUAAUUAUUGGGGUGUGGAUCCCAAAUACCGUGACGGUUUCGUGGCUUUGUUUUGGGUGGUCAUUGUUUCGAUAAACCUAUUUGGUGUGAAAGGUUAUGGGGAGGCUGAAUUUAUCUUUGCUGUUAUUAAAGUUAUUACCAUUAUUGGAUUCAUUAUAAUGGCAGUCGUCCUGGUUUGCGGUGGUGGUCCUCAAGGCGGGUUUAUUGGUGCUAAAUAUUGGCACAACCCUGGAGCCUUUGUAGGUGCUACGCCGGGGCUGAAAUUCAAAGGAUUUUGUACCGUUUUUAUCACAGCUUCAUUUUCCUUUGGAGGAAGUGAAGUUGUCGGUAUAGCGGGCUCUGAGGCUGAAAACCCAAGAAAAUCGGUUCCAGGCGCCGCUAAACAAGUUUUCUGGAGAAUUAUUCUGUUUUACGUCAUUUGCUUGUUAUUAAUUGGUAUGUUAGUCCCUUACAAUGAUCCCGUCUAA